GGGGAAAAGUGAUCCUGCGCCUUUAAUUUCCCUUUCUGAGCAGAGAAGGCUGCACAGCCCUGACAAGCUCACUUGUUCCCGUCUUUAAUGUGCAAUCUGUUUUCUCCAGCGGAGGGCACUCAGUGUAUCACAAACUCCAGCAUUAGCACCAACCAGCUCUGAGCACCAUCAGUCUCCGGAAAGCCUUCUGAAUUAGACAAGGGCUGCCUCUCAGCACAGCUACAAAACACUUUCAACCUGACCAGCUAAAUGGAUAAACCUAGCCCGCAUAGCUUUUAAACUGGGGUCUCACACAGCACAGGCGGCCUGCUUGCUUCAACAACUGAAAAAUCCUGAGGAUGAAUUGCUUUAUCUGGGAAUGGCAAAAGCCAGCACAAUAAGGAAUGCCAGGUGGUGGUGAUUUCUACAGGAGAGACCAAAUAAGAAGAAAGCAGAGAGAGGGGGGCAGACGUUUUUUGGAUGACAAAGGAUGGGUUUCCGUCUAAACACGCAGCUGAAAGGCAUGAGUGUGUUUCUGGUGCUAUUUCCCACCCUGCUGCUGGUUAUGCUGACGGGGGCUCAGAGAGCUUGCCCGAAGAAUUGCAGAUGCGAUGGCAAGAUUGUGUACUGUGAGUCUCACGCCUUUGCAGACAUCCCUGAGAACAUUUCUGGAGGGUCACAAGGUUUAUCCUUAAGGUUCAACAGCAUUCAGAAACUCAAAUCCAAUCAGUUUGCCGGCCUUAACCAGCUUAUAUGGCUUUAUCUUGACCAUAAUUACAUUAGCUCAGUGGAUGAAGAUGCCUUUCAAGGGAUCCGCAGACUGAAAGAAUUAAUUCUAAGCUCCAACAAAAUUACCUAUCUGCACAAUAAAACAUUUCACCCAGUCCCCAAUCUCCGCAACCUGGAUCUCUCCUACAACAAACUUCAGACCUUGCAAUCUGAGCAGUUUAAAGGCCUCCGGAAACUCAUCAUUUUGCACUUGCGAUCUAAUUCCCUAAAGACCGUGCCCAUAAGGGUUUUUCAAGACUGCAGGAACCUUGACUUUCUGGAUUUGGGUUACAAUCGUCUCAGAAGCUUAUCCCGAAAUGCAUUUGCUGGUCUUCUGAAGUUGAAGGAGCUCCAUCUGGAGCACAAUCAGUUUUCAAAGAUCAACUUUGCGCAUUUUCCUCGUCUCUUCAACCUGCGAUCCAUUUACCUGCAGUGGAACCGGAUCCGCUCUGUCAGCCAAGGCCUAACAUGGACCUGGAGUUCCUUGCACACCUUGGAUCUAUCAGGGAAUGACAUCCAAGCGAUCGAGCCUGGGACAUUUAAAUGCCUCCCAAAUUUGCAAAAAUUGAAUUUGGAUUCCAACAAGCUCACCAACGUCUCCCAGGAGACCGUGAAUGCAUGGAUAUCCUUAAUAUCCAUCACCUUGUCUGGAAACAUGUGGGAAUGCAGUCGGAGCAUCUGUCCUCUGUUCUACUGGCUGAAGAAUUUCAAAGGGAAUAAAGAGAGUACCAUGAUAUGCGCAGGGCCUAAGCACAUACAGGGUGAGAAGGUCAGCGAUGCUGUGGAGACUUACAACAUCUGCUCUGAGGUCCAGGUGGUCAACACAGAAAGAUCACACCUGGCGCCUCAAACUCCCCAGAAGCCCCCGUUCAUCCCCAAACCUACCAUCUUCAAACCUGAUGCCAUCCCAGCCACCCUGGAGUCAGCGAGUCCAUCCCCGGGCUUUCAGAUUCCAGGGACGGAUCAUGAGUACGAGCACGUGUCAUUUCACAAAAUCAUCGCAGGGAGUGUGGCUCUGUUCCUCUCGGUAGCCAUGAUUCUCCUGGUGAUCUAUGUGUCUUGGAAAAGGUAUCCAGCUAGUAUGAAACAACUCCAACAGCACUCGCUUAUGAAGAGGCGGCGGAAAAAGGCAAGGGAGUCAGAGAGACAAAUGAAUUCCCCUUUACAGGAAUACUACGUGGACUACAAGCCGACGAACUCUGAGACCAUGGAUAUAUCGGUUAAUGGAUCUGGUCCCUGCACAUAUACCAUCUCUGGCUCCAGGGAGUGUGAGAUACCCCACCAUGUGAAGCCCUUGCCAUAUUACAGCUACGACCAACCAGUGAUCGGGUACUGCCAGGCCCACCAGCCUCUCCACAUCAACAAGGCCUAUGAGGCUGUGUCCAUAGACCAGGACGACAGCCCCAGCCUGGAGCUUGGGAGAGACCACAGCUUCAUCGCCACCAUAGCCAGGUCGGCUGCACCUGCCAUUUACCUGGAGAGAAUAACAAACUAACCGUGUAGCCAACUCCUUAAUGCAGAGCUCCCAGGAGAAGGGAGACCUUCAUCACAAAGGAGAUGAGGUUUCCAGCAUCCUCCAGCCUCAAGAGUCCAUUGCUCAUGUACAGAAGUUUAGGGCAUAGUGAGAAAAAACAAAACAAAACAAAAUUCAAACUGCGUAUAAGGUUGGGCAGCUGGUGAACCUGCCAUCUACCCGGGAGAACACAGAACUUUCUUUGCUUUAAAACAUAAAACAAACACAAGUACUCCCGGAUGUAAAUAGUCAAGAGUGUUAAGUUCUUAUAAAAAUAGAUUUCACCCUAGCUAUCUAUAGGUUUGUUUGUAUAUUUGAUUUUUCUACACUGCAUGGUUCCUGGGAUGAGAACCACAAGGGGGAGGGUGGGAGUUUUGGGGGAAACAAUACAGUUUUCCUUGUAAAGUGUGCAUAACACUGAGAGACCUAGUUUCCGUUUUGUUUUUCCUUUAAAAUCUGGUUUUAUUCUUUUGUUUAUUUUAUUUUUUUCUUAAUUUCCUGGUGGAAUGACUUUCUAUUUCUAAAUAUGAGUACUUACAUGGCACCAAAAGAAGAUUUUGUUUUGCACUGACCUCAAGUAAAGAAAAUUGACGUCAACAUUCAAUAAACUAUGGGAAUGAGUUAAAUACAUCAAAGUGUAUAUUCCUUCAGUACACAUUAUAGAUGGUACUAAGAACUCUGGUUUAUUCCUCCAUUGGUAUCCAUCAUGGCAGGAAACCUGAUAACCAGGCCAGUGAACACCUGGAGUGGAGAAGAACCUGAGAACUACCCUCAGCAGAGAGCGGCUCUCGGUGAACAAUUGACAAGAAUGGUCCAGUAAAAGAAACUGUCAAGGGAUGAAUUUCUAAACUCAAUAUAAUGUGUAAUAUUGCUUUUAAAUUUAAUUAUCACUUAGCUUUUGUGUAAUUUUUAUCAAUAAAAGAAAAAAUGUUGAAAAAUAAAAUACAUUAUUUGGCGGUUGAUA